AUGCAAUGUAAAUUGAAAUUAAAUGAUAUGAAACUUAUUCAUCGUCUUGCUGAAUAUCUUCGUUGUCAAUGGAAAUUCAUUGGUCGUGAAUUAGCACCUUGUUUUUCUGAAAUAGAUUUAAUAGAUUUUCAACAAACAUAUUUUAUAUUAGAUGGUAAUCAUGAAUGUGCUUAUCAAUUAUUAAGAGAAUGGUAUAUACGUCAUCCUGAUCAAGCUAAUAUUCGUUAUUUAUUGACUCGAUUGAAACUUCCUUUUGAUAUUAUUAUUGAAAUUCAUAAUGAUGUUGUGAGAAAAUUUAUUUCUAGUUAG